AUGAAGUACACCACCGCCAUUCUCUCACUCUGCUCCCUGGCCUCGCUGGCCACAGCCCUCCCUGCCGCCAUCGACUUCUGCCCGACCCCAGAGGCCAACACCGACCAGCUCCUCUUCGGGGAGACGCUCUCCUCCUUCUCCGACCAUAGAGAGUUCAAGGUCCCCGCCGACCUGGACUGGACCAGCGACGGCUGCGCCUUUGGACUCGGCAACCCCCUCGGGUUCCCCUUCGAGCCCGCCUGCCAGCGACGCGACUUUGGCUACCGAAACUACAGGAAGCAGAAGCGCUUCACCCGCAGCGCCAAGACCAAGAUCGACACCUUGUUCCAGACAGAUCUUCACUCCCAAUGCAAAUCCACCCGUCUCCCUAUCAUCUGCAACGCUCUGGCCGAGGUCUUCUACGCCUUCGCCAGGGCCUUCACCGGCCUUGACGCCACGAUCGGCAAGCGGGACGAAGAGAUCACGGAUACUGAUGAGCUCAUCAAGCUUUAUGAGGAGAAGCUUGCCGAGUAUAAUAAACUAAUUGAGGAGGCCAAGGAGAGCGGGGAGAUCACAAUCGCCGUGUAA